AAUAAAAUACUUUACUAUACAUAUACAAGAGUUAGUUGUCAAGCGGAUCCCAGGGUCCCAUGAGCCGUAGCUAAAUGCCGGGAUGACGUGAGGAAGAAGACCAAUUUUCUAUUGUUGUUGUCCGAGUUUUUCUUCCAUUCAUGAAUAUUUGCCUUGUCUGCUAAUUGUCACACCAGACGAAGAUAUUAGGUUUAAUUUUGAAUCAUAUUUGGUUGCUUUUGGUUUCGAGUAUAGUUGGGUGCUACGGAAUCAUGUUUCAUAAAUCAUUUAUUUGCUUGAAAAGGGUACAGUUACAGAUGUUCCUUAUUCAGCUUUUGUGCAAUAAAGUUUAAAUAAAGAACGACGGUCGAAUGGAAAGCAAGAUGGCAGAGGUGCGCGUGAAAGAGGAGCCCGUGUCAGAGGACGAGGCGCCAUGCGAGUUACAGAUGAACAGUCACGUUAAGGUAGAAGUAGAGCUCGAACCACUGCAUGUGAAGAUCGAGCCAUACUCUGAAAGAACGGGCAGUGAGCAAGCUUGGCUGAACAACCAUCGGAUAAUAGAUGAACCAGCGCGAGUGAAGACCGAGCCAUCUGACAGAGCGAGCAGCGAGCGAGUGUCUCCGCUAUAUGCCAACCAUGAAAUAAAAGAUGAGCUCGUGCUGGGACCUGAAGAGGUGGAACCAAAAACUAAUGAACAUACUGAAUCGAAUUCAAUAACAGUGAAAAAGGAGAAUAAGGAAGAGGAAAAACACAAGGAACUCAAGCAAGCAGAACCUAGUUCUUCUGUUAUCCAAAAGCCACACUCGUGCAAAAUAUGCAAAAAGCAAUUCAAGAAAAAAUAUUAUUUAAACAAACAUAGUAUAGUACAUACAAAUGAAAAGAGCUUUUCAUGCGAUGUUUGCAACAAACGGUUUUCCCGAUCGAAUACUUUAAGCACUCAUAAAAAAAUCCACAGUGAGGACAAACCGUAUUCGUGCGACGAAUGCAAAAAAAAAUUCAAGCUAAAGCAUUAUCUAAACAAACAUAAAAUCAUUCAUACUGGUGGAAAAAAGUUUAAAUGCGACGUAUGUAACAAAGUAUUUUCGCGUUCGCUUAAUUUAACUACUCAUAUGCGAAGCCACACAGGUGAAAUGACAUUCACAUGCGAUACAUGCAAUAAGCAGUUCAUGAAAAAAGAUAAAUUAGAAAAUCAUAUAAGAAACGCUUGCAAAAACGCGAGUGAAAAACGCUUCUCAUGCGAAAUAUGUAACAAGCACUUUACGCGUUCGACGACUUUAACUAUUCAUAAAAGGAUCCACAAUGGCGAAAAACCCUACACAUGCAACGUAUGUAAUAAGCAAUUUGUGCAUUUCAGUGCCUACUUAUGUCAUAAACGUUUACACACUGGUGAGAAGCCUUUCCCAUGCGAAGUAUGCAAAAAACCGUUUAGAUAUUUGGGUGAUUUGGUUAAACAUCGUCGAAUACAUUCAAAUGAAAAGCCUUUUGCGUGCGAAGUAUGCAAGAAAGAGUUUAAACGUUCGUCUACUUUGACCAAUCAUAAGCGUAUUCAUACGGGGGAGAAACCGUACGAGUGUGAAAUAUGUCAAAAGCGGUUUGUUCAGUUGGGGCAGUUGAGCGCUCACAAACGCGUUCACAGCGAUGAGAAACCACAUUCAUGCCAAGUAUGUAACAGACAGUUUGGACAGUUGAUCCAAUUGAAAAGACAUAGACUAACAUAUAACCACGUGGAGAAUGAAUAACAAUAUUUUCAACUUUAUUGUAACUUUAAAGUAAGAUAGUGUAAGAGAUCGCUAUUUUGCCUCCUGAGACACCCGGUACAAUUUUAUGUACACUGGCGCUCAAAAGCGCAUGAACAUGUUUCAACCGUAAUAUUAAGGCAUGACGGUCGAUAUCUGUCCAUGCACUUUUGAACGCCACUGUACAUAUUUCACAAUCUAUUCUGAACUUUCAUUUAUUUAACAAAAGGUUCCAAAUUCAACAACAAAACUACUGCGCCUUGGUCUCAGGAGGAUAGGCCGUGUGUUGUUCACCUCUGUCUGUCAUUAUGGUAUGUAUUUAUUUUGCGGUUGUGCAAUAAAGAGAUUUUGUAUUGUAUAAGGUAAUAUGUGUUUGUGGAGUGGUGUUUGCGGGGGAGGGGACGUCAAUUGUAUUGCUAUUUCUACAUGAAUAGUACGUAACGUACAAAUAGCCAUGUCAGUCCAUACAAAAGUUUGCACAAUUGUGCAAGUUUUUCGGCAGAGGGGUAAGCUCUUAAUGGCGACUCCGGUAAUUAAAUGCUCUAAGUCUAAGAGGUAAAGAGAAAGAGGGAGGUAAAUAAAACAAGUAAUAUUUAUACAUAGUCACCGUUAG